AUGAAGGUUGAUCUCUCCCAUUCAUGUUUUGCAAAUAUCCGAUUAAAGAAUACUUCUCUUGUAGGUGGAAAUUUUGCUAGAUGUAAUUUUAAUGAAUCGGAAUUUGAUAAUGUAGAUAUAAGUGGAUUGAAUUUAAAUGGAGCUUAAUUAUUUAAUUGUAAAUGGAAGAACUUAAAAAUACAAAAAUUAAAUACUUUAGAUGGUCAUUCUAGUAGUGUCUUGUCUGUAUGUUUCUCUCCUGAUGGUACUUUAUUAGCAUCAGGCAGUUUGGAUAACUCAAUCCGUUUAUGGGAUGUUAAAACAGGAUAAUUAAAAUGUAAAUUAGAAGGUCAUAUUGGGAGAGUCUGGUCAGUUUGUUUCUCUCCUAAUGGUACUUUAUUGUCAUCUGGUAGUUGGGAUAAAUCUAUCCGUCUAUGGGAUGUUGAAACAGGUUUACAAAAAGCAAAAAUGGAUGGUCAUUCUAGUAAUGUCCUGUAAGUGUGUUUCUCUCCUGAUGGUACUACAUUGGCAUCUAGUAGUUGUGAUAAUUCUAUCCGUGUAUGGGAUAAUAAGACAGGAUAAUAAACAGCAAAAUUGGAUGAUCAUACUAAUUCUGUUCAUUCAGUAUGUUUCUCUCCAGAUGGUACAACAUUAGCAUCUGGUAGUUGUGACAAAUAUAUUUGUUUAUGGGAUAUAAAAACAGGACAACUAAAAUUUAAGUUUUAAGGUCAUAUUGGUUAUAUAAAUUCAGUAUGCUUUUCGCCUGAUGGUACUGCAUUAGCAUCUGGUAGUUGUGAUAAUUCUAUUCGUUUAUGGAAUAUAAAAACAGGGCAACAAAUAUUUUAACUCAAUGGUCAUACUAACUUUAUUAAUUAAGUAUGCUUUUCUCCUGAUGGCAUUACAUUAGCAUCUUGUAGUGAUGAUUAAUCUAUAAGAUUGUGGGAUGUUAAAAUAGGACAACAAAAAAUGAAAUUAAAUGGUCAUACUAAUUCUGUAAAGUCGUUAUGUUUUACUCCAGAUGGCAAUACAAUAGCAUCUUGUAGUGAUGAUAAAACUAUAAGGUUAUGGAACGCUUAAAUAGGACAAAUAAAAUCUUUAAAAAAUAAUUAUUGUGAUAAGGUUAUUUCUGUAACCUUUUCUCCUUGUGGUAUAAAAUUAGCAUCUGGGAGUAUAGAUAAUUCUAUCCGUCUAUGGGAUGCUAAAACAGGCAAAUAAAUAUCUUAGCUUAAGGGUCAUACUUUUUCGGUCUAUUCAGUAUGCUUCUCUGCUGAUGGUAAUAUAUUAGCAUCUGGUAGUGGAGAUAAGUCAAUUCGGUUAUGGGAAGUUAAAACAGGAUAAUAAAUAUCUUAGCUAAAUGGGCAUACUAAUUCUGUGUAUUCAGUAUGCUUCUCUGCUGAUGGCAAUAUAUUAGCAUCUGGUAGUGGAGAUAAGUCAAUUCGGUUAUGGGAAGUUAAAACAGGAUAAUAAAUAUCUUAGCUAAAUGGUCAUACUAAUGAUGUAAAUUCAGUAAAAUUUUCUCCAGAUGAUAAUACAUUAGCAUCUGGUAGCAGAGAUAACUCUAUCUGUCUAUGGGAUGUUAAAACAGGAUAAUAAAAACAAAAAAUGGAUGGCCAUAGCGAUAAUGUCUAGUCAGUAUGCUUCUCACCUGAUGGUACUACAUUAGCAUCAAGCAGUGAAGACAAAUAAAUCCUUUUAUGGGAUGUUUAAACAGGGAAAUAAAAAUUCAAACUUAAUGGUCAUUCAAACUCUGUUUUAUCAGUUUCCUUCUCUCCUGACGGUACUAUAUUAGCAUCUGGUAGUGGAGAUAAUUCUAUCCGUCUAUGGGAUGUUAAAAUAGGAUAAUAAAAAGCAAAAAUGGAUGGCCAUAGCGAUAAUGUCUAAUCAGUAUGUUUCUCACCUGAUGGUACUACAUUAGCAUCUGGCAGUGUAGAUUAAACAAUUCGUUUAUGGGAUUUAAAGACAUUAGAAGAAAUGUAAUCCUUGGAUAUGUAAUACAAAGAUGUUUUAAAUUAAUUUAAAAUUCCACUAUAUUAAAACAUUCCUCUUCCAAGUAGUAAUUGUAAAUUUUAAAUAGGCACUACUAAUCUUAAUACUUUACUAAUAUCCCAUUAAGCAAUUUUUUAAGCAUAGGGAGCUUUCAUUUUUAGGGGAGAAUUUGUUGCUUAAUCAGAAAUUGAUUUAAGGUCAUUAUUUAGGCAAAAAGGUAGUUAUAUUUUGGAAAACUAAUUAGAAUUAAACAAAAAUUAGAAAUGA